GACAAAUCGGAAGAUCGAUCGCCAUUCCACAGGAUGACGAUGGAGCAGGACCCGCCGCCUCCGACCGAAUGGUCUCACAUCCUUACGUUUGCGCUGAACGGGCGCAAGAUAGAGGUAGAUGGCAACGCAUUUCCACGAUUCAACGACCUCCGCCUCAUCGAUUACAUUCGUGAUCAAGCGGGGCUGACCGGGACGAAACUCUCGUGUGGAGAAGGUGGGUGUGGCGCGUGCACUGUAGUGUUGUGCCAUCGGAGUCCUUUCGCGUCAUCACAGAUCAUCUAUCGCUCUGUGAACGCGUGUUUGAUUCCCCUCGCGGCUAUCGAUGGCAUGGACGUGUUGACUGUGGAAGGGGUCGGAAGCACUCGACACCGAUUGCACCCAAUUCAGUCGCGGAUGGUCGACAACUACAGCAUGCAGUGUGGCUUCUGCACCCCCGGGUGGGUGAUGAACAUGUACGAGUUGCUUCAAACGUCGUCGUCGACUGGUGCGAACGAUCCACUGACCAAGGACACGAUUGAAAACCACUUUGAUGGCAACUUGUGUCGGUGCACGGGGUACCGCCCGAUCCUCCAGACGAUGCAAUCUUUCAGCACGGCGUCGACUGCACCAACCUCCCUUGAAUACGAAUCGUACAGCCCCCGCAGCGACCGUCGCUUUGUCGACAAGGACGAGCCCGACUUUGAAUUUGUCGAGAGGGAAGACCUCGAGUGCGACCACACGGACGAAACGCGCGCGAUGAAGCAGUGCACGACGUCCUGCGACGACUGCCCGCAUCAACAUCACCUCCAACUCGGUGAAAUUGAAGAUUUAGGUGCCCCGUAUAAGCCAGAGCUCGACGAUGCCCAAGUGCCAGACUUCAUAAAAAAGUACACCCCCGUCCCGUUGGCAUUUCACGCAACAUCCACGGCAAUCUUGUCGUGGUAUCGGGUCAUUUCGAUGGACCAGCUCGUCGCUGUUCAAGCCAAGCACAGUGCCGACAAGGUGAUGGUUGUUGGCGGGCUGACGUCGCGUGGAGUGUCCAAGUACUUUAAUGGCACGGCUCCGUACAACCACGCCAUCUUGCCGACUGUGCUGAUCGACAUCAACUUCAUUCCGGAGCUGCAGACGAUUCGCACGACGGACACGAAUCUGUCGGUGGGAGCGUCUGUCUCGCUCACAGUCAUGCUCUCGACCUUGCAUGCGAUCAAGGGAAAUCCAUGUAUCCAGGCGCUUGCGCGGCAUGUGUCGAAAAUUGCCAACCAUCAGGUGCGCAAUGCAGGAACGUGGGCGGGCAAUCUAGCGUUGGCAAGGCAUUUUCCGUCGUUUCCGUCCGACUUGGCCACGGGCCUUGUCGGGUACGGCGCGGCGCUGACCGUCCGUCAAGGUCCUACGUUGACGUCGAUGUCGAUCGAGGACUUUCUUUCGCUUCCCGACACGGCGAACCCUCUGCUCAUGUCGCUCGAGCUCCCGUUGUACGAGACGUCUUCGUUACGCACGUUCAAAUGCCACAAAGUCGCCCAACGAAAGCAAAAUUCGCAUGCACACGUCAACGCCGCCAUGAUGAUCGUGUUGAAUGCGGACCACGUGUGCACCCGCGCCCGCGUCGUGUUCCAUGGCGUUGGGAAACUCAUGCGAUGCACGCAAACGGAAAACGCUUUGACCGACCGCCUCGUGACCGACCCCACGACGUUGACCAGCACGAUGACAGCGUUGGAAAGCGACAUGCAGCACCUCGAUGCAUUCAAACAGUCGGUGGUGCAUUCGUUUUGGUACAAGACCAUGCUAGAAGUCGCCCCGGCGCUGUCGUCCGCGCGGCUCGCGUCGGGACGGUACGAACUACCUCGCCAAGUGUCAAGCGGCCAUCAAGUGGUCCCUACCGUGGACGGCGGGACGGCCCCAGUCGGUCAAUCGAUUCCCAAACUCAGCGCCAAGUUGCUGGCGACAGGGGAAGCAAAGUAUGUUGGCGAUGCGCUGCCACUCCCUGGACUGCUCUACGGGGCUCUUGUGUUUUCCACCAAGGCGCUGGCCAAAGUCGUUCAACUCAACACGCAAAAAGCGCUCAACGUCCAGGGAGUUGUGGACGUCGUGACCGCCGCCGACAUUCCGGGAGCGAACCGUAUUGGCGACGGCGAUGAGCCGCUGUUCGUACCCGUUCAAGGCAAUGCUUUGUACGUGGGGGCAGCGCUCGGCCUUGUGCUGGCCACGUCAGCAGACGUCGCACAACACGCCGCAAGUCUCGUCGACGUCGAGUACGGUGCCAUCGAGGACGACCCAUUUUGGACCAACGAAAACCCCAUCACGACCGUGGCGAUGGCUCGUGAGGCCAACACAUUUGUGCCGUCGACUCCCGAUCAAGCGAAUCCAAUUUGCAUGCCACAGAGCGACGACCAUGUCGAGGACAAGAUUGCCAAGGCACCCCAUCAGCUCAAAGGCUCGGUCGCAUUUGGAUCACAGCGACACUUUUACAUGGAGCCACAAGCCACAACGGUAUAUCCUGACGAAGAUGAAUGCUACCGUGUUGAAGCGUCAACACAAAACCCGACUGGCGUCCAAGCGGCGAUCGCUCGUGUGCUCAAUCGACCGAUGCAUGCGGUUGAGAUCAAGAUGAAGCGUGCGGGCGGUGGGUUUGGCGGGAAAUUGACGCGGUGCAAUGUGAAUGCCACGGCCGCCGCGAUCGCAGCCCACAAGCAUGGCGUCGCCGUCCAAGUGAUCAACGACCGCAACACCGACUUUCGGAAUGUGGCCGGUCGCAAUGCCAUGGUUGGCGAGUACCAUGUUGGGUUUGACAACGACGGCCAUCUCUUGGCAUUGGACUUGACGUUCCACUUCGCCAUGGGAGCUUUUGCUGGCGGAGACAACUGUGGCGAGUGUUUCAUGGCGAUCUUGUGGUCCGAUGGCGCAUACCACGUGCCUUCGUUUCGAGCUCGAGGCUACAUGUACUUGAGCAAUACGCCAACGUGCACGUCUGUCCGUGCGCCGGGCGUGCCCAACUCGGUGAUGUUGUUGGAAAUGGUGAUUGAACAUGUAGCGCAGACGCUGCAGCUGCCUGUCGAGUGGGUUCAAAAGCGCAACUUCGUCAAAGACAACGACAGGACUCCGUACGGCCAAAUGCUGAAAAACGUCACGCUGGGCCGCAUUUGGACCAAAUUGCACGAGUCUGCAAAUGUCGCUCGUCGUCGAGAGGCCCAUUUGUACUUUAACAGCCAAAACAAGUGGAAGAAAAAAGGACUGGCAGUCACCCCUGUCAAAUAUGGCAUUGGCACUUCGGGGCUCAAGUACGGCGCCACCGUGUCGAUUUUCCACGGCGAUGGUUCUGUCGUUGUGUCCCACGGCGGGUGUGAAAUUGGCCAGGGGAUCGACACCAAAGCGGCUCAAAUGGCCGCAUACAUGCUCAAAAUUCCGCUGACGAAAAUCAGACUCCAGCCGACGUCGACGGGACUCAUCCCCAACAGCGACGCGACCGGUGGAUCGAGCACGUCCGAGUCGAUUGCUCGCUCUGUUCAGGCUGCGUGUGCGACUUUGAUGACUCGCCUGGAACCUGUGCGAGCAAAGCUGCCCCAGGACGCUUCGUGGGAAGUUUUGAUUCAACGAGCCCAUGAUGAAGGGGUCCAGCUCUUUGCAGGAGAACAGCCCAACGUUGUGGCGCCCCCUGGGCAACAGUUUGACUAUUUCGUGUAUGCUGCUGCGUGCUCCGAGGUGGAGGUGGACAUCUUGACGGGCGAACUCAACGUGCUUCGAACGGACGUCAUGUACGACUGCGGCAAGUCGUUCAACCCGUUGAUCGACAUUGGUCAAAUCGAGGGGGCAUUCGUGAUGGCGCUGGGGCUCUUUUUUCAAGAAAGCGUCGAGUACGAUGCACACGGACAGCUCGUCACGAGCGGGACGUGGGAGUACAAGAUCCCGUCGCACAAGGACAUUCCCGAGAUUUUGAAUGUCACGUUGCUGGACAAGGCCGAAAACCCCCAAGGCGUGAUGAGCUCCAAAGCCGUCGGGGAGCCGCCGUUCCAGCUCGUAAACUCGGUCUACUUUGCGUUGAAGCAUGCGCUGUACCACAGCCGGCUCGAGCGCAACGUGUUGGGGUUUUUUCAGCUCGACAUGCCUGCUACAGUCGACCGACGCCUCUUGGCUGCGAGCGUCAAGCCUACCGAUUUUCAAUUGUAGCCACAAGAGAAUUGCUUUUUGAAAAGCCGCCACCAUCAGAUGAAGAUUUUGUGGUGCGCUGGACGCCUCUAUGGCCGAUGAACAUGCAUCAUUCACUUUGCAA